GAGGGUAUAUAUUGCAGCGCGGACGGAGACGACCCAGUGAAGUGGACCAGACACCGGAGACUAAAGACACACCGGAGACACACCGGAGACACACGAGCCGAUACACGGUGGAGGACCCGCUCUGUAGUUGGACUAUUACCGGAACACGAACCCUCUGUUUCUCGCAGCGAAUCCGUUUUAAAUCUGCGUGAAUCCGACGCAGACUUGUGUGUAUUGUAACUCGUUCCCGGUAUUAACGGAAACAUGCUGCGGCUGCUGCUCCUCUUCCUCCUGUCCGCCUCCGUCUGCACCGAGUCGCAGGUCAGGGAGACUGAGACGUGGAUGCCCAUGAAGACCACACAGACCGUCGCCAUGUCGACACACAGCGACGGCCUGGAGGCAUCGGGAGACGCCCAGAACGGCUCCGACUUCGGCUUCACGGACGACGAGGACGACGAGGACGACACGGACCUGACGUACGAGUACGAUGAGUCCUCUGGCUCAGGAGACGGAGCAGCGACUGUGUCACCUGAGCGAGACUCCGAACCAUCAGUCAAGCCCGACGCCAACGACAACAAGAUCCCAGAGGCGGAGCUGCCGGUGCGACCGACUGUCAACGAGGUGGAACAGGACAGCAACGAAAUCCCACUGGUGAGGAAGGACCCCGAGACGAGCGAGGAGUACCCAUCCAACGUCCUCAUGGCCCACGCCAGUGAUGACAGCAUCUUCAACAAGACCGAGGUCCUCGCAGCUGUGAUCGCAGGCUGCGCCGUGGGCCUGAUGUUCGCCGUGCUCCUCAUCCUCCUCCUCAUCUACCGCAUGAAGAAGAAGGACGAGGGCAGCUACGACCUGGGGAAGAAGCCCAUCUACAAGAAGGCCCCCACCACAGAGAUCUACGCAUAGACCCUGACCCUACACCCCCGCCCCCCACACACAAACACACACCUCACUCCCUGAAACCCGUUAAUACCUAAUCAGGGCCAGUUCCCGGCCUCACAGUGCCUCAUCUUCGUCAUCCCUCCUCCUCCUCGCUUCUCUUCUGACUGUACAAACCUGGAGAGACGCCCCAACAACAGUCGACUAACUGAGUCCUGCUACCUGAUGUGUACUAAUUUCACUGGUGCUCUCUCAACCAAUCAGAGGCUGUCUUCGGUCCGUGUAGUUUUUUUUGUCAAACAAGGAAAAGGAGCAACAGCAGAGGACGAUUUCAGCCUCGGUACGACGUCGUCUUGGUCCCACGUUUUUAUCUGUCCCCAUGUCAAGAGAACAAACCAGGACUCUGACCAGUUCCACUCGUCUUUCUUCUUCUCUCCUCCUUCAGUUGAAAACACUAACACAGUGCAAUGAUGUUUUUUUUAUCUCUGGUACACGUUAACUGUCCAGUUAUUUAUUUCCCCCCCCCUCUUCCUCUCGACCUGAUUCUUGGACUGAAGCUUCUCACUCGACUGAAGCAAAUGAUUUUUAAUUGUUUUUUUGUUUUGUUUUUUUACAAACUCCAUGUAAUGCAGAGAGAUUCAAGACAUUUCAGUUUUUUCUAUUAAACAAAGAAAAGCUCACAAGUUUGUAACAUCGCUGUGAAGCUGUGGUUUCAUGUUUCAUCAGACCGGACGUCCCUUUAAUCCUCGAGGAGCCAAUCACACGUAUUUGCAAACGAUUGACGAGAAGGAGACGAUUCGCUUCACGUCCUGUAAACGUUCAGAUGCUGCAGAGUUUAUUAAAACAAGAUUUUUAUAACAGAUUCUUUUUUUUUCUUUAAACUUUCUGUUUAGUCUCCUCGAGGGGGAAAGUCCCGUCGUCUGGCGUGUAGCUCCAGAUAAGAGAGCUCAACUAAUCGGGAAAAACAAUUUGCAAAUACUGCAUGACCCAGGUCUCUCUCACACACACACACAGACACACACAGACGCACACACAAACAGACACACACAGAGUGUUGUCCUCUGCUGCCAGGGUGAACAGUACUUCAAAAGGAAGAUGUUUUACCACUGUAAUAAUUACCGCUGUGCCUCUGGGGUUUGUUUUCUGUUAUUAUGGCGAAGUCAAACCGGCGAGCUCCUACAGGGGGACACGCCUACAUUCCUCACACACACACUCACAGCUUGGUCAUGUGUUACGGGAGCAAAGGUUCGUCACCGUGACGGCUGUAGCUGCUCGCCCUCUAUUCACAGUAAUGAGUUCAGACGUUCACUUUGGUGCCACACUCGUCAGUGACGUACGGUGUUGUGUUGCUAACAACCCGUUAGCUUGACUUAGCAUCGAGUUAAGGAAACGGCCACAGCGGCCUGGUUCUGUCCAGAAGGAAAAGCUACGGGCUUUUUAUUCUGCCUCUAGGUACGAAAAGAUACAGACGAUGAAACGUCACUGCCCACAAACCUCCGUGAUUCUGUUUCCAUGAGCUUUCAGACGACGUUCUGUUUUUAACGUUGAGCGUAAAUGAGACUAUUUCAUCAGUAAAGAUUUGGUCACAUGAGGUAAAAUCACUGCUCAGUGUUUCACGAGCUUUAAUAUCCUUAAACGACAGAACUGAUUAGGUUUGUUUUUUCAUUUAUUUCAUUUUAUUAACAUUUACACAUUAUGACUUUGAAACUCACGGAAACGACUGAAAAUAUGAUUCUCCAGAGAACUUGUUUAGUUUGUUUUCAUCUCUCGUGAUGGAAUAUGAUUUACAGUGAAUUCCCAGUUGACGUGUAAAACAGUGAAUUGUCGUAACGUGAAUAUUCAGAGGCAGUUUCCAGGACAGAGCCAGACCAGCUGUUUCCAGUCUUUAUGCUAAGCUACGCUAUCCGUUACCACAAAGCUAAUAAGUGUUGAACUCUUCCUGUAACUCGGCCUCUUCAUGUCUGAGCACUGAGGUCCACACAAGCUUAUGGAUUUUUCUUCAUGGAUCCAAUAAAUGUUAUUGAUCGUUUAUCCUGUAACUCUGUGAUCGGAGAAACUGGUAGUGUUUUGGUACUUUUGUUAACUCAUGGCGUUGAUGCUUUCUCGAUAAGCUACACCGACUGUUAGUCGUUGGUUUUAUAUUUUCAUUUCGGGGUCUCUGAGCUGAAGCAUGAACAGGUUCGACGCUCACAUUUCUUUAGCUGAAGCCGGCGGCACACAGUCUACCAAGGAUUUGUACAUAGUCAAUAGAUAAAAAAUCACUUGGUACUUAGCCACAUCCUGGCAACAAGAAAUAUCUACCAAAUAUUUAAAUGCCAAAUUGUUCUUUUCUGUUUGUGUUUUUUCCCCAACAGUAACGUUCCUGUGAUUUUACUGUAAAUGAGUUUUGAUACUACGAUGCUAAUACUAACUCACCUCAUUGUGCUCCAGUGUUUUGAUUUUGCUCCAGUAGAUCCACUUGUCGUUUUUAUUUCUUUUUGUAUUAAUUUAACUGUCAAAUUAUUUUAUUGCCUUCUUUCAGGUUGGGGUGUUUCCCCCUUUUUAAGCUGUUGUGUAUAUGUGAUUUUAAAAGUUUUAUAUACACUAGUUUGAGAUUUUCAGAAGCAAAUAGUUUUGAAACUUUUUAUUUUGUAAGAGUUUCCAUUAUCUCUUAGACUUUUUUUGUUCUUGCUUUUGUAUUUAUGUUUGUUUGUGUGUCUGUAGAAGGAUUGCUGACGUGGUCGUGGUUCAGGGGAUGUUGUGCCGAGCCGUGUUGUCAGGAGCAGACCUGAGCUGAUUAUCAGUUGGAGCCGAUAGAUUUGCUAAAUGUUUGGAAAUUCGAGUUCGAUGCUCGUCUUUACCUCCAAUAAACCGUUUCAUCAAGGGAACGCCGCGACGGGCUUCCUUCCUGUGCGUCGGCCUGAACUCUGAUUCUAUUUGGAUAACAAUCGUCUGGCUCAGUAAACGAGUGAUCGGCCUCAGGUCUGCUCGGGGAACAUGGAGAGAAAUGUUCUGCUGCUUAUUGUCACAAACAUCACAUGUGAAUCACCAGUGGAGUGAAGAAGCCAAUGAAUCAUUGGUUUCUGCUGCAGGUCCUGAUUUAUUGGAAAUAAAGCUAUUUUUAUGCACAUUAACAUUUUAAAA